AUGUUUUACAACCCCCUCGCAAUCACUACAUCUUCUCUGGGUCUCCAUCCCUCCCACAGCCUAACAGAAAAGAUCCGAGCUGCAGCGUCCGCCUCGUUUUUUGCAAUCGAAAUCGUCUACCAAGAGCUCGAAGACUACGCGCUCUCCCAGACUCCACCCGUGAGCAUACACGAUGCUGCUAGAACCAUCUCCCGUCUAUGCUUGUCCGCGAAUCUUAGUGUAUUAUCCUUGAGCCCCUUCAAGAACUUUGAGGGGCAUAACUCGCCCCUGGAAGAGCGACUUGAUCGUGCGCGGAAUUGGCUCGAAAUCGCCGCCUGCUUGAAGGCUAAGUACCUGCAAGUGCCCUCCCAGUUUGAUACCGGGAACAGCUCGGGAGAUUGGACACGGAUGGUGGAAGAUCUUCAGGCGCUAAGCGACUUAGCGGCUUCAUACUCCGUUGGCAUUGCCUACGAGGCUGUGGCUUGGGGUACCUAUAUCGAUACCUGGGAGGAAUCGCUCCGGAUGGCCCAAGACGUGAACCGCGAAAACUUUGGUCUUUGCCUGGAUUCUUUUCAUGUAGCUGCUCGGGUGUGGGGAGAUAAUAUGGUCGAGAGUGGUAUUCGCGAAGAUGCCGAUUUGGCUCUGCGGCAAUCGCUUGAUAGAUUCGUUGAGACUUGCCCGUCGGGCAAAAUAUUCUAUGUACAGCUUUCCGAUGCAGAGAAAUUUGUCCCUUCAUUGCAGCCGGGACACCACUUCUAUCGGGAAGAUUUUCCUCCAGCUUUGUCUUGGUCGCGCAACAUGCGCCCGUUCCCCCUUGAGGAGGAUUUAGGGGCUUACUUUCCUGUUGCAGUAAUCGCUCACGCGUGGCUGAAUAGGAAAGGGUGGAAAGGUGUGGUUUCGAUUGAAAUAUUUGAUUGGCGAAUGAGGGAUGAAUCGAGGCGUCCGAGUGACAAUGUCGGCCGAGCCGUAGAGUCUAUGCGAAAGCUGACCUCCGUUUUGGGAAGUACCACUUACUAA